AUGGCUUCCGCGCGUGGAGUUCGUAUUGCGCUCGAGGGCUGUGGACAUGGAAAGUUGCAUGACAUCUACGCCGAAGUUACAGAGAGCGCAAAGUCUAAGAAUUGGGAUAGUGUCGAUCUAGUGAUUAUUGGUGGGGAUUUUCAGUCCGUACGCAACGCAAAUGACCUCACUUGCAUGUCCGUGCCGUCGAAGUUUCGCCAAAUUGGAGACUUUCAUGAAUACUACAGUGGGAAAGCGAUUGCUCCCUAUCUCACUAUCUUCAUCGGAGGCAACCAUGAGGCUGGUAACUACCUCUUCGAGCUUUACUAUGGUGGCUGGGUAGCGCCCAAUAUCUACUACGUGGGUGCUGCCAAUGUUCUUCGCUUUGGACCGUUACGAAUUGCAGGCCUUUCGGGCAUUUGGAAAGGUUACGAUUAUAACAAGCCCCAUUUUGAGCGACUUCCUUACAAUGAGGAUGAUGUAAAGUCAAUCUACCACGUCCGGGAACUCGACGUGCGAAAGUUGAUGCAAAUCCGCACCCAGGUUGACGUGGGACUGUCUCAUGACUGGCCUAGAGGCAUUGAGUUAUGCGGGAACUACAACCAUCUCUUCAAGACGAAACCGUUCUUCCGAGAAGACUCAGAGACUGGCAAGUUGGGAAGCCUGGCGGCUAAAUACGUGUUGGAUAGACUGCGCCCUCCUCACUGGUUCUCGGCCCAUCUUCAUGUGAGGUACACAGCCCUCGUUACCCAUGAUGAAUAUAAGCAUCCCCGGAUACAAUAUCAAGCAACGAGACAGAACCAGCCAGUUGCUCAAGGCACCGACAAACCAUCAGAUACAAUUCAAGCUUCAGCUUCGAUUACAUCAAACGAAAUCCCUCAACAACAACCCAGCACUCCUACUAGUGCCAUCCAUGCAUGGAAUAGUUUCUCGGCAGUCGCGGCUAAACAGGAUGCCGCGGGUCGAGAGAAAUUUAUUAAAGAACAAUCCCAGCCGACCCAAGAUCGAUCGCUUAAUAUCCAUUCCAUAGGUUCGACCUUCAAGCAGGUUUCGCAGGACGGCACUAGCAGGAGGAUUGUUACGGUGCAUGAGACCCCCGCUGCUCAAGAAAAUAUCAUCGUCAAGAACAGAGAUGAAAUUGACUUAGACCUCGACUCCGAGAAUGAAGGUGGGGAAGGUACUGAUAGCGACGAAGUUGUACCGAUGGAUGUUGAUUCCAAAGCGGACAUGAGGGUUGCGAAUGCUGCCCAGACUACUCAACCUGCUUCUGAACAUAUUCAACAAAUACAAAUGUCCGCAGAUGAGGGUAAAGUAGAUGAAGACCUUCGUCAGCAACUCCCGGAGGGCUUUCAACGCCCGGUAAUUGAGCCAGCCCGUUAUGGACCUCUUCCCGAUCAAAUAUUCAACAAACAUACUCAAUUCUUGGCAUUGGGUAAAUGUGAAGAGCAACGCGCCUGUCAUGAGUACCUCGAGCUCAUGGAGGUGAACCCCAGUUCUGAAGAAGGCGACGCCCAGCCACCCUUCUGUCUCCAGUAUGAUAAGGAAUGGCUCGCGAUAACCCGUGUGUUCGCCAAUCAGCUCGAGCUUGGAAAUCCUAAAGGGCAAGUACCAGCUGACCUGGGUGACGAGAACUACAAAGCGCAAAUCGAAAAGGAAGAGGCGUGGGUUCAGGAACAUAUUGUUGAUAAGGGGAAGUUGAUCAUCCCUCAAAACUUCGAGAUUACCGCACCUGUCUACGAUCCUGAGGUACCAAUUCAUACCAAGGACAUGCCACCAGAAUAUAAUAACCCGCAGACCGUUGCCUUCUGUGAAUUACUGGACAUUGAAAACAAGUUCUUCCUCACCCCGCUAGAACGUGAGCAGCGGAUGAUCGAUGGACCUCGCCCCAGCCAUGGAGGGUUCGGGCACGGACGUCAUGGUCAGAACCGUGGGCGUGAUAACGGUUGGGGUAGAGGAGGCCGAACUGGCGGUGGACGCGGUGGCCGAGGUGGGCGAGGGCGUGGAGGCCGUCGCGGAAGCUUCACGCCUAAAUGGUGA